CGUGAACUCUGCAAGCCAGGUGAAUGCAGUGGUGAUCGUGGUGUGAGCAGCUUGGAGCCCCUCCAAGGAGCACAGCCUCACAGAACUGAGUUGUAUGAAGGUGUUCCAUCAACUUGCUGGCCUAUCGUGUAUUCUCCAGACUACAACAUCACAUUCAUGGGACUGGAGAAACUACAUCCAUUUGAUGCAGGGAAAUGGGGAAAAGUAAUCAACUUCUUGAAAGAAGAAAAACUAAUUGGAGAUGACUUGAUUGUGCAAGCACGGGAGGCUACGGAUGAAGAUCUUUUGGUUGUUCACACAAGGCGCUACCUUAAUAAAUUGAAGUGGUCAUUCGUUGUGGCUACAAUCACAGAAAUUCCACCAGUCCUCUUUCUUCCCAACUUCCUUGUUCAGAGAAAAGUUUUGAAACCUCUGCGAACCCAGACAGGAGGAACAAUAAUGGCAGGAAAACUUGCUGUUGAUAGAGGCUGGGCAAUCAAUGUGGGAGGUGGUUUUCAUCAUUGUUCAGGUGACAAGGGUGGAGGAUUUUGUGCAUAUGCUGAUAUCACACUGGCUAUUAAGUUCUUAUUUGAAAGAGUACCAGGGGUGUCUAAAGCAACAAUUAUUGAUCUGGAUGCUCACCAGGGAAAUGGCCAUGAGAGGGACUUCAUGAAUGAUCAUAGAGUAUAUAUCAUGGAUGUGUACAAUAGAUAUAUUUAUCCAGGAGAUGGAUUUGCUAAACGUGCCAUAAAACGGAAGGUGGAGUUAGAGUGGGGUACAGAAGACACCGAAUACCUUCAGAAAGUACAUACUCAUGUGGAAGGAGCAUUAAAUGAAUUAAAACCUGACAUUAUUGUUUACAACGCUGGAACUGAUAUUUUGGAUGGCGAUCCGUUGGGAGGACUUGCUAUUUCACCUCAGGGAAUUGUGAAGAGAGAUGAAGUUGUGUUCAAGGCUGCCAGAAGCCGUGGAAUCCCUAUCUUGAUGGUGACAUCUGGAGGCUACCAGAAGAGGACUGCCCGGAUUAUUGCUGAUUCUAUCCUCAACUUGCACAACCUGGGGCUUAUUGACAAAGAGCUAGCAACCAGUGGAGCUGAAAAUCCCAAAGUAGAACAGAUGAUCAGGGACUCUGUAACAGACUUAACCAAUUUAUCACUGCAGUGAUGUUAAAAUGUAGCUGAAACUGCAGCAUGUCUCAAGGAUGAGCAGUACAGUGUUUGUCAGCAGUGGAGGACUUCUCUGGCAAUUACCGUGUUGGCCUCUCCAGUGAAGUUGGAGUUAUGUCUGUAAAUAUUAAAAGAAUCAUAAGGUCAUCA